CCCGGCUUCCGGUUCCCGGGCUCGAGGUCCCGGCUCUGGAACGUGCACGUCCUGUAGCGCGCGCACGUAGGGCGGGCCGUGCGGGGGCGCGCGUGCGCAGGCGUAGCUCAGAGGGACGAGGCACAGCAGAGGAACCAGCGCCAGGUCUGGUCUUGGUCCACACCGCCCCGUCGCGCUGCCAGCCCGUCCCGCGUCUGCUGCCGCCGCCACCGCAAUGGGAGUGCAGGUGGAGACCAUCUCCCCGGGAGACGGGCGCACCUUCCCGAAGCGCGGCCAGACCUGCGUGGUGCAUUACACGGGGAUGCUUGAAGACGGAAAGAAAUUUGAUUCCUCCCGGGACAGAAACAAGCCCUUUAAGUUUAUGCUAGGCAAGCAGGAGGUGAUCCGAGGCUGGGAAGAAGGGGUUGCCCAGAUGAGUGUGGGCCAGAGAGCCAAACUGACGAUCUCCCCGGACUACGCCUACGGUGCCACUGGGCACCCGGGCAUCAUCCCACCAAACGCCACUCUGGUCUUUGACGUGGAGCUUCUAAAACUGGAAUGACAGGAAUGGCCUCCUCCCCGAGCUCCCUGUUCUUGGAUGUGCCAUGGAGGGACCUGCCGCCCCCGACGCGCACACGCGAUCCGUGCGGAGCUUCCCCGGUGUUCCACUACACUCUGUAUAGACAUCUGCCCGACUGAAUGUGUCCGUCACCCAGCUUCGCUCCCCUCCCCGUGUGUGUGUCGGCCUGAACUACAUGCCACCAACCUCAGUUACUCUUUCUUUCGUUUUCCUUUCGGGGUGAAGAUUUCAGUUUCCGUCUUUCAGACCUAGGUUUCCAAUUGCGUAUUAGUCAAGUAUUAACAGCACAAGUAAUGGGUUAACUUUAGACUAGGAAUUGGUGUGGGGGGGGUGCAAGAAUCUUUAUUUUAUUUUAUUUUUGGAUGAAAUUUUUAUCUAUUAUAUAUUAAACAUUCUUGCUGCUGCGCUGCGAAGCCAUAGCAGAUCUGGGCGCUGUGGAGGGCCGAGUGGUCUCCGAGUUGAGAGAUGUCUUUGGGUUGGAUCAAGAGCUCUACCCAAAACUGGAGUGGGGUGGGGGGGCCUCGCCCCCACGGCUCCAUCCCACUCUCCCCUGAAACCCUCUGCCUUUUAAAGCAGAUGGUUUUCACCGCGACGCUGGACACUGCAGGAAUCCGUCCCGGGCCAGCGGGACCUCCGAAGCCUUCCUCGUGGCCUGGCUUCCCCCCCGAUCCUGUGGGUUUUUUCUAAUAGAUAUUCAGGACUUUUAUAAUGUCAUAGCUAUCCAGGCUCCACUUCCUAAAUUUUGAGAACUUUAGUCGAAAGUUUAAAUCGAAGGUGCUGUUUGUAGACACUGAAAACCCAGUGAAAGCCCAGCCACCGUGACAAAUCCCUGAGUGCUGUCUUACGAAAACGAUGCUGGUCAUCACAGCUUCAGCAUCUCCUGUUUUUUGAUGCUCACCUCCCCCUGCUGAUCUCAAAGUUUCCUGGCUUUCCCUCCCCCCUCUCACUCCUCUGCUGUCCUGUGUAGUGAUUUGGUGAGAGAAAUUACUGCUGCCUACCCCCACCCUCCUCUCCUGCACUACAUACGAGUUUCAAGUUUUAUUAUUGCAAUAAAAGUGCUUUACGCUGGCUUUUCUCA